UAAGUGAAAUAAUUCAACCUUUUAAAAAAUUCUUUCAAUGUACUAUUAACUUAAUUUAUCAGAUUUCCAUUAUCACGGAUUUUAAUUGUAAAUCAAAAUACGUGCCAUUAUAACCAAUUAUUAUAAAGCUACCAACGCAAAAAUUAACCGUCUGCUAUCUAUAUCGUUCGUGUUUCGCUCUUUUGUGAACGUUUAGACUGUGCCAUUGUAUGUUGGGAUAUUUCGUUCCUGAAAUGUUAAGAUUUAGCCAAUUCGGUUUAUUAGCAUCGUCAGCAUAAUAAUGAUGAGCGAAACUAAAAGUAGCUUGUUGAUUUCCAAAAUCUUAAAUCGAAAGUGACGUUUUUUCUCUCUACGAAACAUGGAUUCGGAAACACUGUAUUUUCUAUUGAUAUUUGUUAUAAUAGGAAUUUCAUCUUACUUUGCAUUAAGAUACAUAACGUUACAAUUAUUCAACAACGAAAUCAGGCCAUCGUCAGAUGUGGAUGACGUAAAUUAUAAACAAAGAUCGCGGAUAACAGAUGUUACAACGGACAGUUCAGAAGGCGUGGCAGCAAACAUAAUGUCUAGCUCUGAUGACACAGUGUCUGAUGUUCCUUCUCGGGAAAGAGUUCAAGAAGAGAGGUUAGAGGCAGAAAGAAGAAAAUGUAUAGAAAAUGCUAGUGAUCAACAAACUGCAACUGAUGAUGAUACUGAAGAUGAGGGAGAUGAAAGUGAUGACGACGAAGAAGAGGAGAAUAGUAUGUUUCAGACAUUUGUGGAUGAAGCCAAUCUUAUACAGUGCACAAAUGAAUUGGGGGUGCUUCCUGGUCUAAUGAAGUACAUAAACGAAAAUAUUCAAAUCUGGAAGACACGAAAAUUGAAAAUUGCCAUCAUCGGAAAUUCUGGAACCGGAAAGUCGAGUCUUAUAAAUGCCAUCAGCGGUCUCAAGCCUGAGGACAAAGGCGCUGCCCAAGUUGGUGUGACAGAGACCACAAUGGAAAAGCAAGAAUACGUUCUUCCGAGUAACGAAAAUAUAAGUCUUUGGGAUUUACCUGGGGUAGGGACACAAAAGUUUAAGAAAGAGGAUUAUUUCAAUGCCGUUAAUUUAAAGGAGUUUAAUGCCUUUAUGAUAGUGUCUGCCUCAAGAUUUUCAGAAAAUGACGUAUGGCUAGCCAAUGAGAUCCUUAAACAUGAGAGAUACAUAUUCUUUCUUCGGACAAAAAUUGACGCAGAUCUUACCAAUGAGAAAAUUGAUCAUCCCAGUACAUACAACGAGACGAGUUGCCUACAGAAAAUAAAAAUGGACAUUGUUAGCAACCUUAAAAAAUCGAAAUUUCCUCAAAAGAAAUGUGGGAUCUAUUUAGUCAGCUCAAGAGAAUCUUCCAAAUUUGAUUUCCCAGAUCUGUUGCUUAAACUUAACAGAAUAUUGAGUAAGAAAAGAUUUGCCUUACGAAGAGUAUUAGAAAUUAAUUUAAAAAGCAUUUUGGAGAAGAAAAGAGAACUGAAAAAAGGUCAUUUUUUCUUUCAAAAAUGUUUACUUUUUUUGUAUGGUAGUGGUAGAAGAUUAGGCCAUUUGAAUUAUCAAACACGACAAAUGCACGAGAAAUGCAAAAUUGCGUUUUCCCUUGAUGACAUCACUAUUGAAAAUAUCGCUGAUGAUAUGGGCAUGUCGGUGAAUCAUCUUAAAACUACAGAACUGGAAUAUUUCAAAUAUUUGGAGAUACCAUUGGAGGAAAAUUCCUUGCCUUUAUUUGAUCGCUUUUUUGGCAAUUACAUUUUCACUGAUCGGUUAGAUAAGGUAUGUGACGUGAUGGCUAAGGAUGAAGCGAGGCUUAUUCAUCUACGACUGAACUAUUUGGAGGACCAGUUGCGGCCAUUUUAGAUUCCUCAAGAAUAUUCAGUGCGUUGUGUGUUGACGAUUAACAAUUAAUUUUAGUUAUCUGUACAUGUGGAUGUUAUAAGUUCUUUAUGUCAAUUGUCGGUACCUCCUUUGCGAUAUCUACUAAAGCGGUACCCUCUUUUCAGAUGCACAGGUCAUUCUCUGGUGAAAACAGUUAAGCGACACGCGAAUCUAGUAAAUGUUCAUUCUACUGAUAAAAGCUGGAAUGACGACUUAAAAAGUCAUUACUACGGCUGCUACUUUUGUAAUUUAGGUCAAUAUAUGCGAUGUCAAGAUCAUAAAAAAAUAAUGAAAUAUACCAAUUUGUCCGGGGCACAUCUCCUACACGCAUAGAGGGAUUCUAAUGAAACUUCAUGGAGCUCAUUUAAAACUUUUACAUGCAGUGAAGGAUUUCAAUAUGACUUGGCACAAAUGUAGACCAUUGUGAGGCAAAGUGUCGCGUGAAAAAUUCAAGUCCUUGUAGCCAAGGUGAAGGACACACAUAGAGGUCAAAUUUCAAAAAUAGUUAUUAUCAUUACCUCGGGAUUCUUAUGAAGCUUCAUAGAAAUGUUCACCAAUAUGAGAAGCAGUGUCACGUGCAUGAACCAGGUCUCUAGAUUAAAAGUUGAGGUAACACUAAGAAGUCAUUGAAAAAAUGCUUGUUCGGAGCAAAACUUCUACAUUCAUCAGGGGAUUUUAAUGUAACUUGGCACAAACGUUCACCAAUGUGAGGCUAAGUAUUGCGCGCAUAAUCCAGGUUCCUGCUUAUGUCAAGGUCACACAGAGAGGUCAAAGUUAAGAUAAAAACAGAAGAUGUGUACAUUUAGUCAUCAUUUAUUGAUGGAUUGUAACACAAAUGAUAACUAUCAUGACCACAAGUGUGACACAUUUAUAUCGGUUAAUAUUUGCAAGGUCAUAGUCACUAGAGAUGAUAAAUAUUUCGAUAUUUUCCGGAUAUUGCCCACAGCAUAUCUCCUAUAUGCAAUUCUAUAAUGCCAACAUCUCUGUCAAAAGCUUUUGCGAUGGGUGUAUUUUGCACCAAUGUAGCCUUGUUAAAGAUUUUUUAAACCAUUUAUUUCUUUGCUAUUAGCAAAAAAUAAAAAGUUGAGCGUUGCCCCCGCUCAGCAAUGGCUCUCAACGCUCAAAGUAAAUCUGUCAAGAGCCGCAUGCAAAAUUUUCUAAGAGCUACAACCAAAGAAUGUGACGAAGUCUUCCUCAGCUAACCAGUGAAAUGUCCUGCGUCUGAAAAUUUACACAAUGUAUACAUCUUAAGCUUGAUAAUAAUAUCAGUGAAAGUUCUAAGACUGUCUCGUUAUAAUUUUCUCGCGAUUGGCAAUAACAAUGUUUGUUAAGAGUAAACAACGCUUAAGACAACAAAUUUAUUAUAUGACUCUGCAAAGAGCAUCUUGUCAAAAGUAUUUCAAGUAUUGAUUUAAAAGAGAAAAAAAACAAUGAUGCAUUUUUAAACAUUUCGUAAAAAACGUUGAUAAAGUUCUCUACAGUAGGUUGUUUUGUAAUAAAAUAGAGUGAAAUAAGAAUCCCCAAAGAAAGCCCAACGCGGCAAAACUGAAAAUGUUGCAGGCUCGGUUUGAUUGAGCCUGUUCAUGGACGGUACUGUCAAGUGCAAGCUACCGUCCGCCCCUUAGCACCGGCUUAAGUGGAAUUCAACAUUUAACAUGAACUAGUAAAAUUUAGAAUUUUGAAACACCCGCAGAUGUGUUCAUAUGGCGGUUAUCAUGGAACCUUCAAUGUGACACGUUAGUGCCAUUCCAUGAAAAGCUGCAUAUGGUCCCCAAGUAAAAACAUGUAUAUAUAACAUUUAUCUAAUGACUAAUAAUAUCACAUAUGGUUCUUACACGUGGGAAGAGCUGUUACAUAAUAGAUGGAGUUCUUAUGAUAACUGUCACGUUACGGAUUUUGUCGGUAAACUUAAUUGUAUACUGGAGAAACACAUUUGAAAAAUAGUAAUUUUUUAUCUUUAAAUGGGGCGUUUGAGGUGCUAAAUUAAACUUUAAUGAUUAAGCUUGCCUUACAAAUUGUAUUAGGUGUCAAGAAAAACUUUAUUGUCCAUUUUUCAUCGUCUCUUGUUGGAAUCUGGUAGUUUAGUGUAAAUUUUCCGAAUAACUUGCUCAUUCGAACAUAUUGACCUUUCAUUUGUGAUCUUCUUCGUUGCCAUACUUAAUUAUCUAAUUAUAAUGGAAAUUUGCAAACGUAAAAUCCAGGCUAAUAUAUUUAUUCCCGAUGAUUUUCAAAUAUCACGAGUUCCUUUAUGUGGUAGAGUUUUCACAAUAACUUUUAUUACUGCCAGUUUGUUUCUUGGGCUAAAUUACGGCACGUUUUGGCGAAUUUUAUUUGUCAAUAAGUGUGCAAAUCAUUGUGAAGCGUAGUACGCUUAUCAUUUGCACAAAAAUUAGGUUAUUUGUUGGUCUUGGGUGUAUUUCAGUUCGAGAGAUAAUUUUUCUUAUCUCCGUCUCUUGUGCGUUUUUAGCUCACCUGUCACGAAGUGACAUGGUGAACAUUUUUGAUUGCUAUUCGUCCGGCGUUUUUAAUUUAAACGACAUCUCCUCAUAAAUACUAAGUCAAUUUCAUCCAAACAUCACAGGAAUGUUCCUUUGGUAGUCAACCUUAAAAAAUGUUCAAAGAAUUAAAUUCCAUGCAGAACUAGGGUUGCCAUGGCAACCGAAAGAAAAAUUUAGAAUAUCUUCUUUUAACAAACUGAAAGAGCUAGAGCUUAAAUAUUUGGCAUGAAACAUUGUCUAGUGAGUGUCUAUCAAGUUUGUUCAAAGAAAAGCUCUGAGGUUAAAAUUGGCCUCGCCCCGGGGGGGUCAUUGAUUUUCCUUAUUUGUAUAUAUAGUAAAGAUUUAAAAAAUCUUCUUUUAAAAAAACCCAAAUGGCUAGAGAUUAGAUAUUAAGCAUGAAACAUCUUCUAGGUGUCUUCCAAGUUUAUUCAAAUAAAAACCAAGGGGUCAAAAUUGGCCUUCGCCCCAGGGGGUCAUUGUUUUUCCCUUUAUAUAGUAAAAACAUAGAAAACCGUCUUUUAAAAACCUUAGAUUUAGAGCUAAGAUAUUUAGCAUUAAACAUCUUCUAAUGUGUGUCUACCAAAGAUGUUCAAAUAAGGGCCCUUGGGUUAAAAUUUGCCCCACUGCGGGGUCAUUGAUUUUCCAUAUAUAAGUAUAGUUAAACCUUAAAAAUCUUCUUUUAAAAAACCUAAAGAGCUAGAGUUAAGAUACUCAGCAUGAAAUAACUUCAAGUGAGUGUCUAGUGUCAAGUUUGUUUAAAUAAAAACCCUUGGAUAUAAAUUUGCCCCGUCUGGGGGGGGGUCAUUGGUUUUCUCUAUAUGUGUAUAGUGAAAUCAUUUUUUAAAAACCACAAAGAGCUUAGAUAUCUUCUCAUGGGUGUCUACCAAGUUUUUCAAAUAAAAGCCCCUGGGUUAAAUUAGACCCGCCCCGGGGGCCUAUAUACAGGUGAGCGAUUUCAGGGCCAUUAUGACCCUAUUGUUUUAAUUUAUACUCGGAUUUUGUAGACUGAAAAAAAGCUUGAUGCAGAUCAAUUAUUGACUCACAGGAUAAAAUACGCUUUGCAUUCAAUACUCAAGCAUGGUUACGUCAUGUAUACAUUAUUCACGGCAGUUUUAGAGAACAUUAAGUAACUGUGCUAUCGGUCUGCCAAAACAAAUUACCUGUAAAUGGUUUGCAGCAAAAACAUGAAGUAGUAUCUUAAUUAAAUGAGGUUGGGUCAUCUUCAGGUAUUCAACGGAUAUUUUAAUUUCUAAAAGGUUUUAAUUUUUGUCAUAGAGACGUAGAAAAUUCUAUAACAACGAUAUGUCAAUACAAAGUAAGUCUUUAAUAUAAGAUAUGUUUAUGCCGUUGGUCGACAAUGGUCAUUUCUUUAGUCAAUCGCAUCACGUGACUUAAUCAGAAAAAUGUACGCAAUAAUCUUCCCCGAUAUGAAUAUUUCUGUACGUCACGAACGAUGACAUUUUUAUGGUUCUUUUAAUUCAUGUUAUUAUGUUUCAUUGUAUUCCUCAUUAACUGACAGAAUAUUGUGAUUGCCCACAUUAUUAAAAAAGAGAAGAUAAUUAUUUUACUUUCUAAAAUAUUUAUAUUGAUUAUUGCCAUAUCAUAUGUUCGUACAAAUUAAAUAAAAUCUACAAUCACGUUUGUAACAAAGUUCAAGAUUAAAAAUAAAAUAAAAGUGAAUAAAUUUAUUUGAAUAUUUUGACUGUACAAUUGAAAUAAAUACAUGCACUAAUCUUUACAAUUUAGACAGUACUUAACCGUUGUAAUUAUUCUUAUUCAGUUGUUCAUUUAAUAAACACUUUUAAAAAUGA